AUCAGUCUUAUUAACAUUAAUAAUUAUUAUAUCGUGUACUAAUUUUUCUAACUUGUGCGAUUAUGUUCGUUUUUAAGUGAACAGCUAGAGAAAGAACAAAUACUUUUUAUACAUUGUCGUAAUUAAAAAUCAAAAAUGCCGCGACCUAUUUUAUACGCUACGGACAUAAGUCCUCCUUGUAGAGCCGUUUUAUUAACAGCAACAGCAAUUGGACUUGAUUUAGAAAUUCGUGAAAUUAAUCUUCAUACUGAGGAAAAUAUGAAACCAGAUUUUGUUAAGAUGAAUCCACAGCAUACUAUUCCCACUUUAGAUGAUAAUGGAUUUAUACUUUGGGACAGUCACGCAAUUAUGCAAUAUUUAGUGGAAAAAUAUGCCAAAAAUGAUUCGCUAUAUCCAAAGGAUCUUUGGACUCGAGCAAAAAUUAAUCAAUUUCUUCAGUUUGAUAAUGAAUAUUUGUUUGUUACAUUGGGAACUAUUUCGAGACCGUGGUUUAUAAUUGGAAAGUACGAUAUUCCUGAGGAAAAAAUUGAAAUUUUAAACAACACAUUCGAAAUUCUUGAAAAAUGUUUGGAAGGAAAAAAAUGGCUCGUUGGGAAUUUUUACACUUUGGCUGAUAUCAGUUGUGUUUCAACUCUUUCCAGUCUUAUGGCUUUAAGACCUUUGGAUAAAUAUCCAAAUAUUCGAAGUUGGUUGAAAAAUUGUGAGCAGAAUUUACCGGGUUAUGCUGAAAAAAAUAAACCUGGAAACGAAGAACUACACAAUUUCAUGAAAAAUUUCCUGCCUCAUCCUAUUUAAUUCUGUUUAAUUUCAAAUUUACAAAUUAUUUUUUGUUCUUCAUUCACAAGGAAAAAUUAUUACUAAAUAUUUGUCUUUUUGACAAAAUAUUUUUACAUUUAAAGAAAACGUUUAAAUAU